AUGGAAACCAACUUCAACAAGAGGACGCAAUGUCUCACUCAGAAUAAAGUAUUUACCCGAAUUCGUCAAAAGUACUGCUCGGGAACGUGCCUGAAAUUCGUCUACUUGGCCUGUGCCACCCUCGUUUCGGCCAGUAUUAUCAUAGAAUGCAUCCUCGCACACUUAGUAAUUACGCCAUACAUUUCCGAAUCAGUUUACGAAUCGGGAGUCUGUCUUCUCUAUUAUACAGCUACCGGAAAGCGAGUCAAGUGCGAGAAUAAAUGCUCAAAGGACAGGUCGGCGUUCCCGUGCGCGGUUGUUCAGGUCGUGUACAUUCCAGCCCUCGUGCAGGAAGACCAAAUUCCGGCUGUUAUUGAGGCUCUUCGACACCGAACUCCCGCCGUAAAGGAGUACCUGGUGGUGAAAGAGGCACGACUUCUCUACCUAUACGACUACUUUAGUACGUAUGCGGCUUACAAGGCGGAUAAGUGCUCCACGAGUCCCUGUAACCGUCGAGAGGCCGACAAUGUGGAAACAGUGGACCAGUACCUCCGUGAACUCCACGCAACCGGAUUAAUGCCUUGCUACGCUCGACCUCUUCACAAAAAGCUUUCUUCACGAGACGUCCACAGCUGGAAACAUCGAUUGAAUUCUACUAAACAAUCUGUUGCGGACUUUAUCGGCACCUUUCCAGACACCAAUGAGAAUGAAUUUAUUCCUUUCCAGACCAUGGAUUGGCUCUUAAAAUGGACUAAUAGUCCCCUGGAGGAGACGUCUUACCGACAAGUGUUUCUGCUUCAAACACAAGGACAUCUCAGUGCGGCAGCACUAAUGCACCGUCUGUACCCAGACACUCUUUUAUUCCACAGCUUGUUUUGGCCAAUUGCCAUUAUCCUUUGUUGUCUACUUCUCAUCGGACUCGCGUACGUCGUUGACGGAUGCAAGGUUUGGCGGACUGAUAUGACCGUUAUUGCAUAG